UCCCCGGGUGUACAAAAUGACCCCAGGGCGUACAGAUAGGGUUAAGAUAAGAUGAUGCUUUAUUGUCCAAGUAGGACAUAAUUUGUGUUGCAAGUGCCGGGCGCAAAACUCUUUCUACAAAAACGAAAGUACAGGAAACAAUAAAUAGAGCGGACACAAUAAUUAGUGUGUGCUGUAACCCUGCCCACCCGGAAGUGAUCUCCCGCCGCUACCCCAGUGUCCAGUUGUUGUGGAAACACUUUACCGUUGCGUGCGCUGCCGCGACUGCCAGGGAAAUCAAUAAACGAGCGGGCGGGGGGAAAAAACCCGGAAGAGAGAAAGAUUUGAGGAGGAAUCGAUCGACCGGGUCUUUGGGGAGAUCUUCGGAGAGCUAGAGAGGCUGCGGCAGUAGUAGAGCGCGUUCCAUAUGGUGGACUACUGCAGAUUGUUGCUCGUGAAUAUACCGCUGAAAUCUGUGGGAAAAUGCUGAUACGUUUGAUUAGACACGAUUGGGUGAACGUGCGGGUAGGAUUUCACAUCUGUGACAAUUUGCGCGGCGGCGAUUUGGGUGCACCAGCGUAACCAGCUGUGAGAUUUUGCUAGCCCUGAGUGCGCGCGCGUGCGUGUGCGUUCGUGUAUGUGUGCGUGUGUAUACAGCAACCGAAUUCGUCACGGGGCGAGCAGUACAGAAUACUGGGCCGAAGUGUGUUCUUUGAGUGAGUGAAGGGAUUUACCACACACAGCAUUCUGAGGACUGGGAUUCUGAACGUUGAAAGGCACGGUGGUUCAGGAGAAAGCGGGCCCGUCUGCGGUGCUUAGCUUCCUGUUUGCAGGGUUCGCUGCUCUGCUCAGUGCUCUGUGCUAUGCUGAGUUUGGUGCCAGGAUACCCAAAGCUGGCUCCGCAUACUCUUAUACUUACGUCACUAUCGGCGAGCUAUGGGGCUUCCUGAUUGGCUGGAACAUAAUUCUCGAGCACAUGAUUGGUGCAGCCUCUGUGGCUAGGGCGUGGAGUGGGGCUCUCAAUGCCCUCUUCAACCAAGCCAUCAGGAAUGGGACCAUCGAAGCUUUAGGCCGUAUGUCGGACGAUGACACGUGGCUGUCCGAGUACCCAGACCUGGUGGCCACGGCAGCGGUCAUCAUCGCCUGCCUCAUCAUCAUUCUGGGUGCCAAGAUCUCCGUGCAGUUCAACAGCGUGUUCACAAUUCUCAACGCCUUUGUCCUGCUUUUUAUCAUCGUUGCGGGAUUUGUCUUCGCCAAUACUGACUACUGGACGUCUCAGAAGUGCGCCGAGCUCAAGACCACCCAGUCUGGGAUUCGAAGCAAGGCCUGCCACCUUACGCCUGUGGUGUCCGUGGUGGUGUUUGGAGGCCUGUCCGCAGUGAUGGCGCUGCUGUUUGAGAUCACCACCCUGGUGGAGUUUAUGAGCAUCGGCACGUUGUUCGGGUACACCAUCGUGGCUGCCAGCAUCAUCAUCCUGCGCUACCAGCCCGUCAGCAAGUGUCAGUUCAAGAAAACUAAACCUCUCUCAUGUUUCUCUCCCCGACAGAUCCCUCUGGUUCCCCUCCUCCCCUCCCUCAGUAUGCUCAUCAACAUCGCCCUUAUGCUGUCCUUGACCAAACUGACCUGGUUACGAUUCAUCAUCUGGAUCACUGUCGGCCUGUUGGUGUAUUUUGUGUACGGCAUUCACAACAGCCGUGAGAACAGGAAGGCUCAGGGCUACGGACCUAUGGUAGAGUACACCGGAGACGCGUCCAUUCCAGAAAGUUCCAUCUCGGGACUCAAGGAAGAGGUCAAAGAGCAGCAGCCUCCGAGGAAGGAGGAGGGUCUCUACCAGUGAACGAGACGUGGACUCUAUGCUACUGGACUACCGGACGUACUUACGCUUGUCAAAAUUUGGAGCCAAAUUAUCAUAAUUAUACAACUGAUUCCACUGGUGCGACAAAUUGGUGUUAUAAUUACAGAACCGUGUCUUAGGAUUUUUAUCUUUGAGGCACGACGAGGUGGAAUCCGGUUCUCGUCAGUUUUUUGGGCACACCGAGUUGAUGGUAUCAUCUUGCUUAACACCUAUCCAUUUUCCUUGUUUUGGGUGAAAAUAAUAUCCAUCUAUGUUGAAUAGAAGA